GUCACCGUCUGCGUCUUCCUCCUCGACGUCGACCAUCUCCCCCUCCCUCCAAUGCACGCCGUCAGCCGUGUGCCAAAGCUUUUGGGUCGGGCUGCCCUUCGAGCUCCAGCUUCCGCCGUUGCCCGUGUCCCUCCUGCCCAUCUCCCCCGUCGUGCCAGCAUCGUCCCCGUUCGCUCCCUCACAUCCGCUUCCAACGCAGCGCAGACCGACAGGGACACUAUCACUCGCCUCCUCUAUUCCAUCGGUACCAAGCGUGAGGUCGAACGCUACCUUCGCAUCUUCUCCUCCUCUGCAGAUGCAUCCCACCCCGCCAAGUUUGCCGUCAUCAAAGUGGGCGGCGCCGUGCUUGACCAGGUCGAAGAGCUUGCCAUCAACCUCAGCUUCCUCUACCGUGUCGGUCUUUACCCCGUCGUACUCCACGGCGCCGGUCCUCAACUAAACAGCAUAAUUGAGAGCGCAGGCGUCGUCCCGGACUACAUCGACGGUAUUCGUGUCACCGACGCGAAAACUCUUCAAAUUGCUCGCAAAGUCUUCCUUGACGAGAACCUCAAGCUCGUCGCUGCCCUCGAGAAGCUAGGCACUCGCGCCCGUCCCAUCACAUCCGGUGUCUUUACCGCCGACUACCUCGACAAGGACAAGUACGGUCUCGUCGGCAAGAUCACAAAGGUUGACAAGCGCCCCAUCGAAGCCUCCAUUCGCGCCGGUGCUCUGCCCAUCCUCACUAGUCUUGCCGAGUCCGACGCAGGCCAGAUACUCAACGUUAACGCCGACAUUGCUGCUGGCGAGCUCGCAAAGGAGCUCGAGCCGCUGAAGAUCGUCUUCCUCAAUGACAAGGGCGGUAUGUUCCACGGUAUCACCGGUGAGAAGCUCGAUGUCAUAAAUUUGGACGAGGAGUACGACGAGCUCAUGAAACAGCCAUGGGUCAAAUAUGGCACCAAGCUCAAGCUCCGCGAGUUCAAGGAGCUCCUUGACCACCUGCCCCGCUCCUCUUCUGUCGCUGUUAUCUCGGUCGAUGCGCUUCAGCGCGAGCUGUUCACUGAUAGCGGUGCUGGGACGCUCAUCCGUCGAGGAUACAAGCUGUUCCGCCACCAGAACCUUGAUUCCGUUGGCGCCGAUCGUCUCCGGCAAGUCAUACAUGACCGCGAUCCCGAUGUCCUUUCGGGCGAAGAGAGCGUCACUGGGGUGCUGAACGCACUCAAGGAGACACCGUACACCAUCUAUGGCGACGAGCCCCUAGAUGUCGUCGCUGUCGUUGCCCACCCUGAGGAUGAGGUUCCGAUCCUUACGAAGCUCCUGGCUUCGCGCGCGGGUGUCAUGAAUGGCAUUGUGGACAAUGUCUUCAACGCAAUCAAGAAGGACCACAGGAAACUCUUCUGGACCGCCCGUGCGGACGACGAGAACCGCGCAUGGCACUUCGAACGCGCCGACGGCAGCUUCACCCGUGCCGGAAAGAGCUUGUUCUGGUACGGCAUCCACGACGUGCGGGAGGUCGAGCAGAUCGUGCGGAGCUUCGAGGAGAAGGGACGUAUUCCGCGCACCUAUCUUCCCGUCGGACCGUCUACGCCUCAUCGCGCAGGCAGCACUCCGGGAGGUGUACGCUCCUUCUCCACCAUGGCCCGACGCCGGGUGCCGGGCACCUCGCGCGGCUACGCUACCGCCGCCCCUUCCACCGAGGAAAAGCGCGUCGCGCUUAUCGGAGCGCGCGGCUUCACUGGCCAAGCGCUGACCUCUCUGCUCUCCGCCCAUCCUCACCUCAACCUCACCCACGUCUCCUCCCGCCAGCUCAAGGGCUUUCCUCUCACUGGGUACACGAAGUCGCAGGUGACGUACUCGGACCUCUCCGUCCAGGAUGUCGAGCGGAUGGAGAAGGACGGCGAGGUCGAUGCUUGGAUCAUGGCUCUCCCGAACGGCGUCUGCAAGCCCUUGGUUGAUGCGGUCGACCGGGGCGCGGCUGAGCGCAAGGACGGAAAGAGCGGUAGCGUCGUUGUGGACUUGAGCGCUGACUACCGGUUCGAGGACGGGUGGACGUACGGUCUUCCGGAACUCUACGGCCGUACCUCGAUCCGCUCGUCCAAGCGCAUCUCCAACCCGGGCUGCUACGCGACCUCAACACAGCUGCUCGUCGCCCCGCUGCUCAAAUACCUCAAACCCGGCGCCUGGCCGACUGUCUUCGGGGUGUCCGGCUACAGCGGCGCAGGCACCGUAACAGGGCCCGCGGACGCCUCAGGACGGCCCACGACCGUCCCGAAAGUGACCGCAGAGAGCCUGCACGGCGGCAUCCGCCCGUACGCGCUCACGGACCACAUCCACGAGCGCGAGGCGGGGCGCCACCUCUCGACGCUCCUCCCCAGCGGCAGCGCGCUCAAGGUCGCGUUCGUCCCGACGGUCGCGCCGUGGUUCAGCGGGAUCACGUCGGUGCUGUCGAUGCCGCUGAGCGAGCGGGCGACGGCGCGGGACGUGCGCGCGCUGUACGAGGAGAAGUACGGCGGGGAGCGGCUGGUGACGAUCAAGAGCGAGGUGCCGACGCUCGUCGACGUCGAGAACAAGCACGGGUGGACCGUGGGGGGCUUCCAAGUGCACAGCGAGGGCGAUCGCGCGGUUGUCGUCGGCGGCUUGGAUAAUCUGCUGAAGGGCGCGGCUACGCAGUGCAUCCAGAACCUCAACCUCGCGCUGGGCUACGACGAGUACGCCGGCAUACCCGUUGCUUGAGGGGGGUUUUGCUAUAGGUUGGAUUACCGAUUUCUCACAACGUCUAGCUUCCACGUAGAUGGCUCACGCGCCCAAUGCAAAAAGUAGCCGAGUAUCUAUCUUAAUCGAUUCCGUUAAGACCGC